CUCUCUCUUUCUUUAUCCAUCUCCAUUUAUACCUACAGCCAUUCUUCCCUUCGUUUUCAUGGAAGAGGAAAGAGAUAUUGCAUUCUCUCUCUAGGCAAUACACCUCUCUCUCUUUCUUCCUCUGGGUCAGUAUCUUUCUUUUCGUGCGUAGCAAUCUGGGAAUCCUGCAAUUAUGGCUGCACCUCUUCCCGCGAUGCUGCAGCAUUUAUUAUUUGCCAUUCUCCUAUCUCCAGGCCUGCCUUCUCACUGUCUUGUUCUCUCUCUCUCUAGUUUCUUUGUUAUAUAGUCUUCGAACAUUGUACCCCUGGAAAUCAUAACCCACUCAUGACCUAAUAAUCACGGAAAAAAGCUUCUAUUUAUCCCAGUACUCCCACUCGAUUUCCUUCGCAUCCCUCACUCUACUCCACCACCUCUGGCUCUCUUUCCAGCCCUUCUUUCUUCCAAGAAGCUGCUCUUCAUUUAGGAGUUAAUUCUCAGCAGGGAAACUCUUUACAUAUUGCUGAUCCCGAUCUUCCACCUUCUGCCUCAUCGAGCUCAAAUGUCAACCAUCUAUCCUGAUCUCUCACUCCACAUCAGUCCACCAUCGGUCUCCGUCGACGGAGCUUCGAUGAUGGGGGCUUUUGGGGGGGAGGCAGGUACGAUCUCUGGUAGCAGCGAGGGCGACAUGGGACACGAUCAAGCCUUCUUGCAGAAUGACCACGGCGGGGAGUUAAACCAUGCUGAACCGAGGUUGAGCCUGGGGCUCCAGUCACCAGGGUCAAGUCUCAGCAAUCACCAUGAGAAGCUUCAUCGUCCUCAGAUCUGUGGAUUUAAGCGGAGUUCGAGGUCGGCCCAUGGAGGGAAGAGGAGCGUUAGGGCUCCGAGAAUGAGGUGGACGUCCACCUUACACGCACAUUUCGUUCAUGCGGUGAAGCUCCUCGGCGGCCACGAGAGAGCGACGCCAAAAUCAGUGUUGGAGCUGAUGAACGUCAAGGAUCUCACACUUGCUCAUGUAAAGAGCCAUCUGCAGAUGUACAGAACAGUGAAGAGCACUGACAGAGGAGAGGCAGGUCAAGGUCAGGCAGAUAUGGGCAUUAGCCAGAGGACAGGGAUGGAGGAAGUGGAGGGAGGACUGCCAUGUGAUAAAGCUGGGAGUGAGAUCACUUCAUCUUAUCAUUCCCUCAGCACACCAACCCCACCAACCACACAGGUCAAAUCUCCUAGGAACUCCAAGAUGAAGAAGAGAAGGGUCCCAAGAAUUGCUACAGAAGGGAUAGAAAAGGUUAUUGUGUCACACAUCUGGCAGGACAACUUCAUUUGGAUAAUUCUUGGAAGUGUUUGGACACACACAUCUCCUCAUUUUUCAUGACAUUAUUGUUCUAUCUUGCCUCUGAUCCUUCAGAAGUAUAUAUUUUGAUUGCUAUGUCUCACUUAUUUCUUAUUUAUGAGGUCCUUAGGAUGUCAGAUUGCCCCUGUCCCAUUUGGAUUGAAGGUUCAUGACUGUAGGCUACAAACAAUGACAAAAGACAACCAAAUCAGUUUGUAACUUUGUGAAAGGGUGAUGUGGCUGGAACAGUGAGAACUGUGCAACACUGUUGCUGCUGAAACUGGAUCUAUAUCUGUCCAUAGCAACAAACAUAUAUAUCACAUCUAAUGUUGACACACCAUAUCAUUUUGUUGCCCAAUAAAUUUCUGAUUUCAUUGUCCAUCUUGUGUGCAGAGAGAUGUAUCCAUCUGCAGAGAGGCAUGCUUGGAACCCAUCAAUCAAACAAAAUGGAUUGGCAUAUCCCUUCUUCAGAAGUGAUGAUUUGCUA